AUUAGGUGCCUCCGCGGUCGCACAGCCCACUGAUUCGCGAGGUCGCGUUCGAAGGGAGCUUCGUUGGUUUCUGUCUCGCUUUGGGGAUCUUCCGAUGGCGGAGAUUGAGUUGAAAACAGCACCAGCCGAUUUUCGCUUUCCCACUACAAAUCAAACCAGGCACUGUUUCACUCGCUACAUUGAAUAUCACAAGUGUGUGGCAGCUAAGGGUGAGGAGACUCCUGAUUGUCAUAAAUUUGCCAAAUACUAUAGAUCUCUCUGCCCGGGGGAAUGGGUUGAGAAGUGGAAUGAGCAAAGGGCAAAUGGCACAUUUCCUGGUCCCCUGUAAUGGUCAAGAAGCAUGAGAAGACAACCUCUUCCCCUGAUCGCCGUGUUUCAUGAAUCAAAACGUCGUUCCGAACUCAAUCGUUUGCUUUAGUUUGAAUGUUACAUGAUCAGUUCAGAAUUGCCGUCUCUGAUGUUUUGGAGUACUGUGCUGUAAUAAGAGGAUAAAUCUAUGUCCAGGUUUUGUCUCUAUUUCAAGUACUGCGUCUGUUGUCGACUUUCAUGUUUCUGUUGGUCAGCUCAUUCAAAAUCUCUGCUUCUGUAAUUAAGAAAUGGACCCGACAAUUGAAUCUUGUUGCCUGCACAGUUGUUCUGUGAUGACCA